AUGUACUACAACAACCCUUUCGGUGCUUGGGCUGAAUCCUCCUCCGCUUCUGGAGCAUCCGUCUUUGGAGCACUCCCCUACCCCACCGAUCCGGCCAAUCUCCAAACCUUUUACUUCACGAAUCUCAACCCGACAAUUUUUAACUCUACCGUUGUCGGACCGAGGGCCCAGCCAUGUUAUCAAGUUGCAACGGAUGCUCAAAAUCCGGGAUAUACGGUUAUCAAGAACGCGGAGGGCAGGAGCAUUUCGCUUAUUGAAUGGCAGCAGCACCCUUAUGUCGAAGUUCGAGGGAUUGUUUCGAAGAGGGCCAUUGGGAGCUGGCUGCGGCUGAGCGCGAGUCAAGAGUAA